AUGGAAUUGAUGACAUUGGUGCUUUACUACAAUGGUAAAAUUGUGGAUAAAUGCAUAUACACUGAUUAUGAAGUCACAGGGAUACUAUUACCAAAAAGUUUCUCAUACAAUGACCUACAAACCAAAAUUUGUAGUGAGUUAGACUUGAACAACAAGACACUAAUCAGUAUGGAAAUCCUGUUUCAAAUACGACCAACUAUACCACCAAUGAAGAUUAAGGAUGACAGUGGCUGCAGAUUCUAUGAGCAAAUAAGGAAAAAAAAUGAUGAUGAGGCUGCAUACCCAUUACUCAUUAACUUUUCAGUGUCUUCAGACCCCAACCAAAGUCUAUCAGACCAAAAAUUAUCAUGCAUUCCCCACUCAACUCAAAUAGACAGCAAUGCUGAACCGUAUGUACAAGAAACCGAAGAGUUACCUACAACAGCUCAACUUGCACAAACAAUUGCAGAAUAUAUAACAGACCAAGUUGAAAAAGCAACCAACACAAGCUGGGAGAACACAUCAAACAUAAUUACCGAUCCAAGGGUUGAAAGCAUACAAAUUGGACAACUUUAUAAAGACAAAGACACAAUGAAACUCGCCAUAAGCCUUUAUGCCAUAAAAAUGAAUCAACAAUACAAGGUAAAAAGGUCAUCAUCCAAGGACUACAGCCUAAUAUGUGUUGACAGUAACUGCAAAUGGAUCAUAAACCCCAAAAGAAACUACAAACCAAAUGACAUUGUUGAAGACAUAGCAGAAGAUUAUAGUAUCUCCAUCUCCUACCACAAAGCAUGGAGAGCAAAAGAAAAAGCUACUUUCGACGUUAAAGGUAGCCCAUAUGAUUCAUACAAUGAAAUCCCUGGCUUCCUAUACAUGAUUCAAAAAUGCAACCCAGGAACAAUAACAGAUCUUGUACAAGAUGAUGAGGGGAGAUUCAAAUACUGUUUCUUUGCAUUAGCAUCUUCUAUCAAAGGCUGGAAUCACUGCACACCAAUAAUAGUUGUGGAUGCAACUUUUUUGAAGAAUGCAUAUGGAGGUACUCUUAUAGUUGCUAAUGCACAAGAUGCUGACAGACAUGUAUUUCCACUAGCUUUUGCAAUAGUCGAUUCAGAAAAUGAUGCGUCAUGGCAAUACUUCAUGGAUAAACUCAAACAAACAUAUGGGGAACGGGAAGAGCAAUGCAUAAUUUCAGAUAGACAUGAAAGUAUCGCCAAAUCAGUGAAAAUAAUAUUUCCCAACUUGAUGCAUGGGGUAUGUUGCUUCCAUCUAUUCCAAAAUAUAAAAUCAAGAUUUAGAAAAGGAGGAGAUGAGCUGAGAGAUGCAUUCUAUCAGGCAAAGAAAAGCAUAUAA